GGUGAACUGAAUUUCAGUCAGGUCUUCAAGAUGGUAGCAUGGAAUGCGGGCGUGUCUGAGGACAGCAGCAGCAGUGAACAGCAGUCAUGGAGAUGGAAGGUACUGCUGAGCCAGCCUUUGUGGAUGUGGACCAGGGCCUGACUUUAGCCUGUGUCGCCUUCCUCUGCUUACUGCUGAUGGCCAUGAUCAUCCGCUGUGCCAAGGUCAUAAUGGACCCAUAUAGUGCGAUUCCUACCUCUACAUGGGAGGAACAGCACUUGGAUGACUAACAAACUGAAACACAUAUAUACAUAUCAUAAUACGUGUGGCAACCAACUAGAGUAAGGGGGUAGUGGUGGUUUUUCAUUUUUCAUUUUACUAAAUGACAGUUUGUUUUGGGGUUUUUUUUUCUAAAAUGUUGAAGCUCCAGAAUACAUGUAUUGCUGUACAAUAGAAAAAUGUAUAAAAUCCAGACAUAAACAUGGAAUUUACACAUCAGCAAAGAUUGAAGGA